GAGCGUUGCUACCCCUUCACCUCGAGUCGUAUUCGUGGAGUGGACGUUAGGUAGUGUUAACCGUGUUAGAGAAGAGGUUUGAUUACAAUACAAAUUGUUGUUAUAGAAUUUUCGUAUGUUUAGGUAUUUAACGAUUAAUUAUAUAUUCCUUAUUAAUAUAAACAGACAACCUUCUCGUAAUAAAACUUGUAAAAAUGAUAACCGAUGGUAUAGUUCAACGCCUUGCCAUGCGAGCGACCCAAGCAGAAGAGUUUAUUACGUUUUUGAGAACACAGAUACGGGAGAUAAGGCAAACCCUAGGCAGUGAAUAUGCUGAAAAAGAAACUUCUCGUCUGAAACUCGAGAAUGAACAGUUGAAGAGAGAGGUUGAAAUGUGGAAAGAAAAACUUAUUCAAGCUGAAAUUAAAAACGGCGUGAAGCAGUUUCACGUUCCAUCAUCAGUAAUAGUAUCAUCAUCAAAGCAGGUUAAACAUGAUGUUGCAAUGGCAGGUGAAAAAUCUGUGCAGUUGCAACCAGAUAAAAAGGUUGAGGUUAAGGAAGAACCAGAAAAAUUAAAAGAAGUAAAGAAAGAUAAAACUAAAGAGCCCAAGGUAAAAACCAAGAAGGUUGAACAACAGGGAAGUCAAGAGGAUAUAAAACCUAUUGACGUUAGUCGUUUAGAUCUUCGUGUUGGACACAUUAUUUCAGCAGAAAGACAUCCUGAUGCAGAUGGUCUGUAUGUGGAAAAAGUAGAUAUAGGAGACGGAAAACCACGGACAGUUGUUUCUGGAUUAGUCAAAUUUAUUCCAAUAGAAGAAAUGCAAGACCGAAUGGCAGUUUUAAUGUGUAACCUGAAGCCAGCCAAGAUGCGUGGUGUAACAUCAGAGGCCAUGGUCAUGUGUGCUAGCACCCCCGAGAAAGUUGAAAUUUUAGAUCCUCCACCUGGAUGCAAACCUGGUGAUCGUGUAUUCUGCGAGGGCUUUUCUGGACAACCGGAUUCCCAGCUUAAUCCAAAGAAGAAAAUUUUUGAGCAAGUGGCCCCUGAUCUGAAAACAAACAAUGAGAAAAUAGCUACUUAUAAAGGUAUUCCUUGGCAAGUUGAAGGAAAAGGCACUGUCGCAGCACCAUCUUUGUGUAAUGUUCAGAUCAAGUAAACAUGAAAAGUACCAAAACAAGUGCAUCUAAGACAUCAUGUAUUACUUAGAAAUUUGAAUCUGAGUUAUAAUACCAAAUAAACUAUUUGUAUGUA